UGCCGGAAGGGAUCGUGGCUGACAUGGCGGAGGACCUGCAGGGCGGCGGUGCGGGUGGCCCACAGCACCCUGUCCCCAGUGCGAGCCACAGCAGCUUUCCAGAAUACGAGCUUCCCGAGCUGCACACGCGCGUGUUCCACGUGGGCUCCUUUGGGGAGCUGUGGCGCGGCCGGCUCGGAGCCCAGGAUUUGUCCCUGAGCGAACCGCAGGCAGCCGAGCAGCCGACGGACGGAGGGGCAUCCAACGACGGCUUUGAGGAUGCUGCAGUAGCCAGCGAUCUGGGCUGCAGUCUGGAGGCAGCGGCAGAGCUGAGGGUCGUGUGCGGCCUUGAUAAACUGAGGUGCCUCGGGGAAGAUGAAGACCCAGAAGUCAUCCCGGCGAACACUGACCUAGUGACUUUAUGUGUGAGGAAGGGGCUUUUGGACUAUCGGGAAGAAAACAUCACAAUAGAUCGUGCCUGUAGACAAGAAACAUUUGCUUAUGAAAUGGAAUCUCAUGCACUAGGAAAAAAACCUGAAAAUCCAGCAGACAUGAUUGAAGAAGGAGAGUGUAUCCUAUCUGUGAACAUCUUAUAUCCUGUUAUAUUUAAUAAGCACAAAGAACACAAACCAUACCAGACGAUGUUGGUAUUGGGCAGUCAGAAGCUCACAGAACUGAGAGAUUCAAUUUGCUGUGUCAGUGACCUCCAGAUUGGUGGAGAAUUCAGCAACGCUCCAGACCAAGCCCCUGAGCACAUCAGCAAAGACCUCUACAAGUCCGCUUUUUUUUACUUUGAAGGGACAUUUUACAAUGACAGGAGGUACCCAGAAUGCAGAGACUUGAGCAGAACUAUUAUAGAAUGGUCAGAGUCCCAUGAUCGAGGAUAUGGAAAAUUUCAGACUGCUAGAAUGGAAGAAUUCACAUUUAAUGACUUGCAUAUUAAACUUGGCUUUCCUUACUUAUACUGUCACCAGGGAGACUGUGAGCAUGUUGUUGUCAUCACAGAUAUAAGGCUUGUGCACCAUGACGACUGCUUGGAUAGAACACUGUAUCCCCUUCUUACCAAGAAGCACUGGCUGUGGACCAGAAAAUGUUUUGUCUGUAAGAUGUAUACAGCUAGAUGGGUGACGAACAAUGACACCUUUGCACCAGAGGACCCAUGUUUCUUUUGUGAUGUUUGCUUCAGAAUGCUCCACUAUGAUUCCGAAGGCAACAAACUAGGGGAAUUCCUUGCUUAUCCUUAUGUUGACCCUGGAACCUUUAAUUAGUACCAUAUAUUUCCCACUACAGAUUAGUUACUAUUACAUUAUUUAUUACAAGGGGUGGUUAAUAGUUUUUUACUUAAGUUGUUUAUGUUACUGAGAUGUAGAAAUGCUUUUUUUUUUUUUGUAUUUUGAAUAUAUAAACCUUGUCAGAAACACAA